AUGAUUUACUCGACGCAAAUAUCGAGGCUGGACGGCCUCAUGCUCUGCGCCUCUGUCGACGACGAACAGGCCGAAGCAUCCCUCGCAGAGACCAAGCAAAACGUCCGUCAGGUCCUCCGCAAGCUCACCCGCAACUCCGAGUCGCAGGCCUCGAUCGAGACGAGCGCCCACACCCUCCACUACCUCAUCGACUCGGACGUCGUCUUCCUCGCCAUCUGCGCCCCCUCGUACCCUCGCAAGCUCGCCUUCACCUACCUCGCCGACCUCGCCCGCGAGUUCACCACCACCUACCCCGCCGCCCAGGUCCACUCCCCCUCCCUCCGACCCUACGCCUUUAUGGAGUUCGACACCUUCAUCGCAAAGACAAAGACCACCUACGCCGACUCGCGCGCCUCGGCGAACCUCGACCGCCUCAAUGACGAGCUGCGCGACGUGACAAAGGUCAUGACAAAGAACAUUGAGGACCUGCUGUACCGUGGAGAUAGCCUCGAGCGCAUGGGAGAGAUAAGCUCCCGCUUGCGCGACGACAGCAAGAAGUAUCGCCGGGCCGCGGUGCGGAUCAACUGGGAGCUCAUGCUGAAGCAGUACGGGCCUUUUGCCGGUCUUGGCUUUAUUAUUCUUGUCUUCCUGUAUUGGCGGUUCUUUUGA